AUGUCAACUCCAGCACAAAAAGCCAACUUAGCUCGCAUCCGAGACAAUCAACGGCGCUCCAGAGCAAGAAGGCGAGAGUAUUUGCAGGAGCUGGAGCAACGUCUACGCCUCUGCGAGCUGCAAGGAAUAGAGGCAACGACAGAAGUCCAGGUGGCAGCGCGACGCGUCGCGGAAGAAAACAGACAGCUGCGGCAACUCCUCAACAAGCAUGGGUUUAGCGACGAUUACAUCGGCCGCUUCCUGCAGGCCGGCAUCGCCGGAGGUACAGAUCUGAGCCAGGGACAGGCUUUUGCAACUGGCGAGCCUGGCAUGGCCGCACACGCGCUUCAGCAAGCAAUGAUGUCGCGACGACCGGCAAGCCUCGAUGCUAAUACUAACUUCUCCGUCGCGAGCCAAGUCCUGUCAGACUCUUCCAUUUCGAGCACUCCUUCAGUGUCGACUUCCACCCCUUGGGACACAAUCCCGGCCGAAUCCUCGUACGGCCAUAAUCCCGGACUGCAUCUGCAAGCCGCUGCAAUCACAAACCAACCGUCACAACAGCAAUACCCUGGGGCUGUGUUUAUAGGGAAUCAUCCUCGGGGACCCGAGGCCUACAUGAAUCAAUCAGCGCAAAUGGCUUCGCUUGCAUCUGCCCGGAGCAUGGCCCAACCGAUACAGCAACAGAGUGGGGGGCAAAUGCAGUAUGAUGGCUCUUUCAAUACCUACCAUGAGGAAAAUGACGGUAGUUAUGGCGAUGGAUCUGCUGGUGGAUGGACAGGAUAG